AACGUCACUGUUGUGUCGACAACUACGUUUACAGCUGUACCCAUUACAAACGUCACUGGUGUGUCGACAACUACGUUUACAGCUGUACCCAUUACAAACGUCACUGGUGUGUCGACAACAAGUGAUGCACCAACAACUACUGUCUCUGCAGCACCCACUACAACCAUCAUGGGUGUGUUGACGACACCUGGUGAACCCACUACCACAAUCACUGGUGUGUCGACAGUAACGGUUACAGAUGAACCCAUUACAACCGUAACAGGUGCAUUGACAACAGCGAUUACAGCGGCUCCAAAUACAUUCAUCACUGGUGUGUCAACAACAACUGAUGAACCCAUUACAACCAUCACUGGUGGGUCAACAACAACUGGUGAACCCAAUUCAACUGUCACUGGUUUUUCGACAACAACUCGUGAACCCACGGCAAACGUCACCGGUGUAUUGACAACAACGGUUACAGCUGCACCCAUCACAUCAAUAAGUGGGUCAUUGACAAUACCUGGAGAACUCCCUUCAACCGUCACUGCUGCUCCUGCAACAAGUACUGUUCCUCCUACAACUUCUGUUACUACCACUGUGGCUGGUGCUACCACCGCAACAACUGGAGAACCUGUCACUGUUCCUGCUACCGUUCCUACAACUAGGCCCACAACUACAACCACUACAUAUGUGGCCCCCACAACUACAGUGUCAAGGACAACAUCACUACUGUCAACAACUACCAGCACAGCUCCAACUACCACAACAACCAACGCACCAACCACUACUACUACAAGACCUACUACUACUACUACUAGUACAACAACCACUACUACAACACCUACUACUACUAGUACACCAACCACUACAACUGCACAUCUUCAACCUGCUCCACUGGUGUUUUUCGUCAUACAACAAGUGUUUGUGGAAGCUUUAAAUGACCCUCAAAGUACACAAUUCCAAGAACUUGCAGUAACUAUUACUGCAGUGUUUGAUGUGAUCUACAAAGCAAAAUAUGGGAUCCUUUUCAUCCGGACGAUUGUUCUUGGAUUCACACCUAUUUUCCGUUCCCGUAUGGAUGCAGAAACACAGGCAGAGGUCCAACUAGUGUUCAAUGAUACCUCCACUCAAUCUGUCCCUGAGGUUACUGACAUUAGCAAUACACUGAAAGAGGCUGUGACCAAUCCAAACAUUACCUUUGGCAACCUCUCUGUGGAUGUUACCACCAUCACUGUUAAAGCUGCUCCUGCAACAAGUACUGUUCCUCCUACAACUUCUGUUACUACCACUGUGGCUGGUGCUACCACCGCAACAACUGGAGAACCUGUCACCGUUCCUGCUACCGUUCCUACAACUAGGCCCACAACUACAACCACUACAUAUGUGGCCCCCACAACUACAGUGUCAAGGACAACAUCACUACUGUCAACAACUACCAGCACAGCUCCAACUACCACAACAACCAAUGCACCAGCCACUACUACAAGACCUACUACUACUAGUACAACAACCACUACUACAACACCUACUACUACUACUAGUACAACAACCACUACUACAACACCUACUACUACUAGUACAACAACCACUACAACUGCACAUCUUCAACCUGCUCCACUGGUGGUUUUCAUCAUACAACAAGUGUUUGUAGAAGCUUUAAAUGACCCUCAAAGUACACAAUUCCAAGAACUUGCAGUAACUAUUACUGCAGUGUUUGAUGUGAUCUACAAAGCAAAAUAUGGGAUCCUCUUCAUCCGGACGAUUGUUCUUGGAUUCACACCUAUUUUCCGUUCCCGUAUGGAUGCAGAAACACAGGCAGAGGUCCAACUAGUGUUCAAUGAGACCUCCACUGAAUCUGUCCCUGAGGUUACUGACAUUAGCAAUACACUGAAAGAGGCUGUGACGAAUCCAAACAUUACCUUUGGCAACCUCUCUGUGGAUGUUACCACCAUCACUGUUAAAGUGCCCACCACAAAUGCCAACACAACUACAAUGGCUACUCCUGUCAUCACUACUUCCAUCAUCACAACUACAACCACUGAAACUGCCGCUGUGGCACUCACUAAGUUGACUGUGGUGUUCCGGUCGAGAGGAGAGACGUUUACCUCUGACCUAUCAAACCCAUCUUCUCAGGCCUUUCAAAGCCGAGCAUUACUGAUUAAAACUCAGCUUGAACCUUUCUAUCGAACAGCUUUCACCUCUUUCAACAGUUUGACUGUGACAGAAUUCAGCUCUGGAUCCAUCAUCAAUACUAUGAAUUUAGCAUUCAGCUCCUCCUCUGUCCCUAAUUCCAUGGAUAUUGGCACUGUUUUAAAAAAUGCUGCCCAAAAAAUCACAGCUUUCAACAUUGACCCCACCUCAGUGACAGUCAACGGCACAGCUGUGACCUCAAGUGGAGGAAGCAGCAAGACCAGUCUCUUCACUGCAUUGUUUCUGGUGGUUCUGUCGCUUCUACUGUCAAGCCAGCAUUAGUCUCAGUGGUAACGCCUACUAAAAACACUCACUGGCAAGCAGCAGAACGAAAUAGUGUUGGUAGUCACAUUUUCACUUUGAGAACUUCCCACACAUUCCAACCCCUGACCCAAUUCCACACAUGAUUUGAAUAGUGUCCAAAAAUGAAAUGAAGUCUUGUUAGCAGACAUAAGAUACAGUAUAUGUGGCAGUUGAACACAACGAUGUGAUAUAAUUACUGCCUAUUCAGUCAAAAUGUGUAAGUGCUUGGGUUUCCAUCAUAAGUCAAUGUUAUUUCCAUGCAAUGACAAAUAAUGUUUGAUUUAAUAUGCACUUAAGGUUAUUUUUGAUUUGCUCUGUUGCUGAUAUGAACUAAAACCUUGAUUCACUCUGUCACUGAUAUUAACUAAAACAUUGAUUCAUUAUGUUUGCUGAUAUGAACUAAAACAUUGAUUCAUUCUGUUUGCUGAUAUGAACUAAAACAUUGAUUCAUUAUGUUUGCUGAUAUGAACUAAAACAUUGAUUCAUUCUGUUUGCUAAAAUGAACUAAAACAUUUAAUCACUCUGUUGCUGAUAUGAACUAAUGAGAGAAAUAUUUUAUUUUAUAUUUUGACUUAACCUGUGAAAUCUGAAUAACUGAUUUAAAUAAGGCCCUUUGGAGCAAAAUGUUCAACAAUUUAAACUAUUAUCAAUGUAGUCUUCAUCAUGUAUAUCUGUUAGUUAUCUGUUAUACCAUAAAAAUGUAAUUCUGUUUUCAAUGGUCCUGAUCAGAGGUGUGAACUCGAGUCACAUGACUUGGACUCGAGUCAGACUCGAGUCACAAAUAUGAUGACUUGCAACUCGACAUUGACUUUAAGAGCAAUGACACGACACUAUAGGCAACUCUUCUCUGAGAUAAAGACACCUGGUUGGUUUUGUUAGUGAUGAGCCCUGAUGAAAUACUUGCAUAUUCACAGCACUGUUCAAAUUCAAAUAGAACCCUAUAUAAGAGUACUUGUAAUGUUAUUUAUGCAAUAUAAUACUCUAUAAUAUAAUAAAAUUGAAUAUCCUAUCAGUAUAAUUUUACAUUGACUGCUCUCAAUGAAUACAAAUACUAAUCUCUGCCAAUUAAUAGGUUUUUGUAUUGGACGCAAGAUACACUUGCAUCCCAUAUCAGGCAAGUUUACCAAUGUUCCAGUGGUCUUAAAGUUCUUAUAUUUUGCCCUAAUAGUGGUAAGUGGUGUAUGUAUUUUUUUUUGCUAUUUUAUUGUACCCAUUGUCUGAUUUAUGAAGGUCAACAACCAUUUGUCUCUUUUCAUUUCUUCAUUUCUUUGCCUUCUCCCUAUGGUGAUGGGUGAGAAAGGGAUUUUACAUUUUUAUACCCCAGUGAAACAGAAGGCCAUGUAAUGUCACAAUACAGUUCCUUAAACUCAGAUAAAAAAAUAUGCUAAUGCGGAUUGAAUUUUGUUUGAUUUUAAUUAUAAGAAUCUUAGAGGUUGCAAUAAUUUUGACAGCUC